AUGUACGCAGGCGGAGGAGCCCACGAGGGCGAGCACCAUGGCGCGGCCUCCUCGAGCGCCGCCGCGGAGGCCAACGACCUGGACGCGCUGGUGUUCGAGUUCGGCACGUCGCGCUGCAAGUUCGGCUACGCGGGCGAGGACUUCCCGCGCGUGUUCGAGCGCCCGCUGCCGCACGCGGAGGUGCAGGACGACGCCGAGGCCGCGCUGAAGCUGAACCGCCGCGCCGCGCAGACCGAGAGCGACCCGGAGAAGCUGGCGCAGUGGCUGUUCGACGCCGCCAGCUCGCGCCUGCAGACGCGGCUCAGCGAGCACCCGCUGCUGCUCGUGGAGCGGCCGUUCGCGCUGCCGGAGGACCCCGAGGACGCGGACAAGGCGGCGGAGGACGCGGAUGCCGCCGACAAGCACAAGACCGUGGCGCAGACGCCGAGCGGCAAGAAGCGCGACCUGCGCGCGCGCGAGCAGAUGGUGGAGGUGGUCAUGGAGGAGCUGGGCGUGCCCGCGCUCUUCUGCGCCAAGAGCGCCGUGCUCGCCUGCUACGCCAACGGACGCACGAGCGGCCUGGUGGUCGAGAUGGGCGCCACGUACACGAGCGUGACCUCGGUGCACGAGGGCUACGCCUUCGCGUACCCUAAGAGCCAGGUGACGCUGUUCGGCGGCCACGACCUGGACGCCUUCUUGAGGCAGAAGCUGGCCCCGCAGGUGGCCAAGAGCUGGGAGCAGAGGGCGGAGGCCACGUCGCUGGAGCAGGAGGUGGCCAGGAGGAAGAAACAGAGCUGGUCGUACGUGGUGGAAGCCAAGGAGAGCGGACUGUGCCGAGUGGCGGACGGACCCUUCGACGAGGUGCAGAACGCCCAGCUGCCGCUGAUCAACUACGAGCUGCCCGACAAGACGGUGGUGGCCAUGGGCACGGAGCGGUUUAGCGUCGCAGAGCACUAUUUCCUGGGGGAGACGGUGCCCGCUACGGCGAGUACCGAGAGCGCUGGUGCUGUGAGCGACGGACCGGGCAUGAGACUGCCCGAGUUGAUUUGUGAGACUGGAGGACUCACGACCGAGACCGAGCUGCGCAAGGAGCUGUUCCAGAACAUUGUGCUCACAGGAGGCAGCUCGUGCUUCGAGAACAUGCCCACGCGCAUUGAGCGCGAGGUGGUCACGACGUUGAGCGGUACGCCGCUGCCGCUUACGGCGUCGGGGAAUUCAGGCGCGGCCGGCGGGUUUACGAGUAGUUUACGCGUUAAGGUGGUAGCGGCCCAUGCUCAGGAGCGCCGCGUGGGGUCGUUCCUGGGCGGCUCCAUCUUGGCGUCACUAGGCUCGUUCCACGAGAUGUGGAUGUCCAAGGCAGAGUACGCAGAGCAUGGUGCCGCGCUAAUUCACAAGAAGUGUCCAUAAGACUGCAAGCCUAGGUGCUGCGGCGGGAAUAGC